GAAGCACUCGCGCCCCAGACCCCGGGGUGAUCAGUUUGGGGGCUACCACCUCCAGCGAGCGCGGAGGUCGCGCUCCUGUUUCGCGCUCCCAGCAUCCGCCGCCAUGGCCUGGACCAAGUACCAGCUGUUCCUGGCCGGGCUCAUGCUCGUCACCGGCUCCAUCAACACGCUCUCGGCAAAGUGGGCGGACAACUUCGUGGCCCCAGGCUGCGGAGGGAGCCAGCAGCACAGCUUCCAGCAUCCUUUCCUCCAGGCAGUGGGCAUGUUCCUGGGGGAGUUCUCCUGCCUGGCUGCCUUCUACCUACUCCGGUGCAGAGCUGCAGGGCACCCAGACACCAGCGUGGAUCCCCAGCAGCCCUUCAACCCCCUUCUUUUCCUGCCCCCAGCCCUCUGCGACAUGACCGGGACCAGCAUCAUGUAUGUGGCCCUGAACAUGACCAGUGCUUCCAGCUUCCAGAUGCUGCGGGGAGCAGUGAUCAUAUUCACAGGCCUGUUUUCGGUGACCUUCCUGGGACGGAGGCUGGCACUGAGCCAGUGGCUGGGUAUCCUCGCGACCAUCGCAGGGCUGGUGGUCGUGGGCCUGGCUGACCUCCUGAGCAAGCACGACAGUCAGCACAAGCUCAGCGAAGUGAUCACAGGGGACUUGCUGAUCAUCAUGGCCCAGAUCAUCGUCUCCAUCCAGAUGGUGCUGGAGGAGAAGUUUGUCUACAAGCACAACGUGCACCCACUGCGGGCAGUCGGCACUGAGGGCCUCUUUGGCUUCGUGAUCCUCUCCCUGCUGCUGGUGCCCAUGUACUACAUCCCUGCCGGUUCCUUCAGCGGAAACCCUCGCGGGAUGCUGGAGGACGCGCUGGACGCCUUCUGCCAGGUGGGCCGACAGCCGCUCAUCGCGCUGGCGCUGCUGGGCAACAUCAGCAGCAUCGCCUUCUUCAACUUUGCAGGCAUCAGCGUCACCAAGGAACUGAGCGCCACCACCCGAAUGGUGCUGGACAGCCUGCGUACCAUUGUCAUCUGGGCACUGAGCCUGACGCUGGGCUGGGAGGCCUUCCACCCGCUGCAGAUCCUUGGCUUCCUCAUCCUCCUGACGGGCACAGCCCUCUACAACGGGCUGCACCGCCUGCUCCUGAGCCGCCUGUCCAGGGGCCGGCCCCCGGCAGAGGAGGGCGAGCAUGAGAGACUGCUGGGGGGCCCUCGGACUGCCAUUAACGAUGCCAGCUGAGCCGCCUGCUCUACGGCCACCUGGACGCUCCUUGUUCCCCCUGAGACUGAGGCAACGUGGGCUGGUGAACCUCAAGUGCCCUGCCCCCGAGGCCUCGCCCUGCCCCCUCCCCACAGACCCCCCCCGCCCAGGGCAGCUGCUGCCACAGAAGAUGACACAACACCCAGGUCCUCCUUUGUCACCACCCCAUUCAGGCCUGAGUGCAGUGCCCGAUCCCCAGCAGGCUUCCCCAGCCCCUCCUGCAACACUAGAGCUAAAUCAUGGAGUAGAAUUGCAGGAACCAACAGCCCUAGGGUUUCCUCCUUUAUCGUAAGCUAAAUGUGGUUCUCCCAAGAAGAGAGGUCACUGAGGAAAUUCUAAUAGAACUAAGCACCACAGUUUCUAAAACUUGUAAGAUACUCCCUGACCGUGUCUGGGAACCGAGGUUUCAGCCAGGGCCUUGCCGCAAACUCAGUGUGUGCUCCCCAGCCCUGUACCUGGUCGCUCUGGGCCUUGGCGUCCUGCUCUGCAGAAGGUGUCCACGGUGUGGCUUCCGUGCCUUGCGGCCCACCUGGGCCCAUUCUGCAGGCCUGUGGUUUUGACCAACCUGGCGAAGGAGUGACAGCCUGUUUAUUGAAGAUGCCCCCUGCCCACGGCCCUCCUCCCCACGCCUGCUCUGGCAUCCUUGCUCACAGCUUGAAGUCCUCCCCACCUGGGAGAAGUUACGGGGGGAUCUCCAGGCAGCCCUUGAUAAUAGCUUUUAUGAACUCUUCACCUUCCAUUUUAAAGAUGAGGAAACUUGAGUCCCAGAGUUAUAAGUUGUUUGGCAAAAGGGCUCUCCUGCCACGGGCUCUGGCUGUGCAGCCACACGACCAGGCAGUCGGCUGGGUUGUGGAGCACGUCUGGGGUUCUGCCUCACCCCAGCAACCCGGCAGACACCAUGGAGAACCCUCCAGGGUGAUGGGUUUACCGGGAGUCUACCGUUGAGAGUGAUGCUGGUAUCAAAGGCGUUAUGUUAAGUGCUUAGCUUUCAUUCUCUUGCAUAACUGUGCACAGGUGGAUGCAGGUGAGAAAAGUGUGGCCCAGAGAAGGUCAAGUGACUUCCUCCUGGAGCCGGUAUUUCAAGCUGGGUUUGCCUGAUUCCAAACCUGUGGGCCCACUUACCGUAAGAGUCUCUGAGAUCUUUGGGGGUACUUCCUGUGGCUGGGAGAGAGGCAUCCUGUGCUGUUAUCCUCCCAGUAACCCCACCCUGAAGAGAGGGGACUGGCAGCAGGGACCCCAGGGAGCUGAGCGGCCCUUCAUUCCAGGAGUCCUCUCUCUGUGGCAGAUCACUUUCCCGGGCAGCUCAAUCGUGAAACAAAUACCGAAUGCCUUCCUUAAAGUAGAUCCUGGGAGAAGGGAUCUCUGACAAGCAAAGCCCUCGGGCUGUGGGAAUCCAGCAGGUUCUUACCUUCGGGAGAGAAAGGCCUCUCCAUCCCACCAGCUCCGAGUCUCGGGGGGGCCCUGAGCUCCUCUGGGCCGCGGUGUGUGUCACAGGAAGAAGGAAAUGGAGAUCGAGGGUGGUGGGUGCUAUAGCUCCUUUGUCCAAAAAACCGGGGCCUUACAGUGUUGUUUCAGGCUUUUUAUUUUUAAAAAGCAGAGGGGAGUUGGCAGUGUGGACUUUUUUCUUUAAUGAGAGGGAAGGAGCACAAGGGUUAGGACAUUCCUGGAGGUAACGUCUAGAACGUUGGAUGGAAAAGCUGUAAAGUACCAAAGCACAGAAAUCACGUGUGGAUUUUAGCAUGGAAGGGUUGGGGGCAUUAUAAUGGGACUUCAGUGGUGAGAGGUGGCAGAGGAUGGGGAGGGGACUUAUGGUCAGGCCUGCCACCCGCUCAGGCAACUCGCUUUAUCUUCUGGAGCUUUGGGUCUUCACAUCUCUAAAAUGGGGAAGCCUGCAUCUCACAGGAUGGCUGUGAAUAUUACCUAAGAUAUAAAUGGAAGGUGGCUGUAAAUGCCAACGUACAGUGGAGCGUCCUGUAAGGCGGCACUGCCCACCGGGGUGGUCUGUCAGGCACUGAAGUCCCAGCAGAGCCAUGGUGGGGGGCGUCGGUUUUGCUCGGAGGGGGAGAAAUGUUUUGUGAAAACAUACCGUUGUGGAGUGGAGUGUAAACUUCGCAUCUUUUAUAAGAUAAAACAGGAUGCCUCAUAAAAUUUUUAUGUUGACCCUAAGUACCCUUCCAGACCCUGGAGGUGUGUCCUCUCUAUCCUAGUGUCUGGGGUGCUUCAGAGGAUGAGUUUGAGAGGCCGUGCUGUGUCAUGCUGGUAAUGGGGGCGGAGGGGGAAAGAAUCUCCACUCUCCUGCUGAGUCUAGAGGGUUGUGAGGAAUGUCUGUAGCUGUGGCCUACUGCUCUGAGUGGAAUAAUGGGGCCCUGGACCCCAAAUUAGAAUUGACUGAUAACAGACUUCUGUAAACAUCAGUUCAAAUACAGUGUAAUUCAGACCAUCUGCACUGUAGUGAACUAACCAGUCCCUGCCCCAUUCAUAGUGGUCCUGGGGGACCCUGGGGCUGGGGUGUCCUCCAGGACUGCCAUCCAGGUCCUGGAGUAGCCCUCAGGCUUGCUGCCCACAAGAGGUUUAGGACCGUGCCAGGUGGUUCCAUUCGCCUUCGCUCUGUCCAAAGGUCUCUGUACUUCAACAAGCAAAAAGCACUCAGAGAUCAGAGGACGGUAGGAGGAUUGGAGCAAACAGCCAUGUGGUUUAGGGGGAGCCAGAGAUAUGUGUCCUCAGCUCCGUCUCUCCCUUCACUGGGUGGCUUUGGACAAGUGAUGUUACCUCUCACCAUGAUCAAGUGGGAUUUAUUCCAGAGAUGCAAGGAUGUUUCCACAUCUGCAAAUCAGUCAGUGUGAUACACCACAUUAACAAAAUAAAGGAUAAAAAUCAUAUGAUCAUCUCAGAUGCAUAAAAAGCAUUUGACAAAAUUCAGCAUCCAUUUAUGAUAAAAACUCUCAACAAAGUGGGUAUAGAGGGAAUGUAUCUCAACAUAAUAAAGGCCAUAUAUUACAGGCCCACAGCUAACAUCACACUGAAUGAUGAAAAAAGCUGAAAGCUUUAAGAUUGGGCAUGAGACAGUUUUUCCCACUCUUGACACUUUUAUUCAACAUAGUAUUGAAAGCCCUAGAUAAAGCAAUUAGGCAAGAGAAAGAAAGGAAAGGAUCCAAGUUGGAAAGGAGGAAGAAAAACUGUCACUAUUUGCAAAUGACAUAUUAUAUAUAGAAAACCUUAAAGACACCAUCAAAAAACUGUUAGAACUAAAAAAUUCAGUAAA